AUGGCAUUGGCGGCCUACAGACAUCUUUUGCGAGCCACCCGCAUUGCCUUCCACGGCGACGACCAUCUCCUACAUGCUGCAAGGACUCAAGCACGCUCCGGGUUCGAAACCCUCAGCUCAUUAGACCCAUCAUCAGAAGAGGCGCAGAAGGGGAUUGAACAUGCAGAAGGGGUGGCAUCAAUACUGAGACACAAUAUUGUGCAGGGGAAGCAGGUGGAGGGUUCCGAUCUACUACGACUGAACAUACAUGAAGACAUAGAGCGCGGCGACAACGAUACAGUCAAGCAUCCACUCGGCAAGGGAGGCAAAGUCAAGGUCCUGGGUGUAUGA